AUGUCGAACCGUGUGCAGCAUAUGAUGGAAAGUGAUCACCAUAGAAAUGCAUUGCCGGACAAUGAUCAAGAGAACGAUGGCGAAAGCGCGGAAGAUACAGAAGAAGCAAGCGAAAGUGAACUUGGGUGCUCGAGUAACCAACACACAGUUGACGAGAGAAUGGAAAUUAAGGAACAGAUGUAUCAGGAUAAGCUAGCUAAUUUAAUGGGACAAUUGGAAUUGCUUAAGCAACGGAAACAUCCCGAAUAUUUGCGCAUUGUAGAACGCCUGAAAGCAGAGCUAGAGGAUCGUUUGUUGCUAAACGAACUUCAUCGUGAUUAUAUGCUUGAAUGUGCCGAACGCGAUUGCGAACUAGAAAUGGCCGCGGCAGAAAAGGAAUAUGAAGAGAAGAAAGCAGAAUUAAAAGAAAAUCUUGUAUCGGAUUUAGAGGACCGCAAAAAGAUGAUCGAGCACGAAUUUGCCACAAUGGAGCUAAGCGGAGACUACAUCGAUGUAAAGCCCACAGUCACGCGCAAAUUGCGCCGCCGUCCCAAUGAGCCGUUACCGGUACCAGAGAAGCGCCGUAAACCAACCACAGGGCAAUUGGUAUUUUUACUAGAUGACAAGGAGAUUGAGCAUGAUUUAAAAUUAUUCUCUCGCAGUAAACCAAUUACCGUCAGUCGCUCACACCAACAGUCCUUGAACGGUGGGGGAAUCAACAGUAGCAGUCCAAGUGGAAAUAACACGUCUCAUAGUGCCACCGGAAUAUCGUCACAUAUCGGGACUGUCACCGGCAGCUCAGGCGCGAGUGCUUCUAGUUCAAAUGACGCCCAAAAUGGGCCUUCAACGGAUGGGACUUAUGGAAGGGACUCUUCAAGUGUAAGUGCACAGGGGUCCAACUCUAAUCAGCAACCACCAGCAGAGACGCGCAUUGAGGAUGGCAAACUUUGGUAUGAGCGGCGUUGGUUUCACCGUGGCCAACCGGUUCACGUCGAGGGCCGGGACAUUCCUCGUUUUUCCGCUAACAUAUCCGCCAUUGGAAUUGAGGCAAUAUGCGUUAAGAAAACGUCCGAUGGUCAAAAAGUGCGCAUAUUCCUUUCCCAAUUACGCCGAGGCAAAGUAGCCAUUAAACGACGAGCAAAUUAGCGACAUAUUCGCCUUGCGUGCAUUUGUUCUUUUGAAUAAUAUUUAUAUAUAUAUAUAUAUAUAAUUUUUUUUAUAUAUUUUUAUAUAUAUAUAUAAUUUUUUUUAAAUAAAUUUUGUUGCGAC